GUGGAAUUACUUUUUCCUUUAUGACGGUUCAAAGGUUAAGGAAGAAGGAGAUCCUACAAGUGCCGGGAUUUGUUAUUUUUAUCCUUCUCAGACUCUCCCCGACCAGCAGGAACUGCUGUGUGGACAGAUUGCCGGAGUGGUGCACUGCACAACUGAGAUUUCUGGAGUCCCUCCAAGUCUCAUUCGCCUGAGGAAGCUCAAGUUUGCAGUUGUAGUGGAUGGAGACUAUCUGUGGGUUCUGGGCUGUGCCGUUGAGCUCCCUGAUGUCAGCUGUAGACGGUUUCUGGAGCAGCUGAUCAGCCUCUUCACCUUCUACAAUGGGCCUGUGCACCAUGCGUACAUGGCAUUUUCUCAGGAGGAACUGAGCAGGCAGUGGGACAGAUAUAUUAAACAUAUCCAAAAAAACACCAGUGACCUCCACAAGAUUUUCAAUUCCCUCUGGAAUCUGGACAAAACCAAGGUGGACCCCCUGCUUUUACUGAAAGCAGCUCUCAUCUUGCAGACUUGCCAGCGGUCUCCCCACGUCUUGGCAGGCUGCAUUCUCUACAAAGGCUUGAUUGUGAGCACGCAGCUGCCGCCUCCUCUCACUGCCAAAGUUCUCCUCCAAGGCAAUGAGUCUCCAGGCCAGAAUGAGCCUGGAGGUGAGGAGCAGCGGGAGCCUGAUUCGCCAUUGCCGCAGGGUGUCUGUAUCAUCCCGGUAUUCCUAACAGAAGAUGAAGUCUCAGUGCUCCGAGACUUUCCAGUGGAGUGGAUGACUAGGUCAUCUGUGUCCCCAGCAAGCCCUAGAGGAGAGAAGAAUGCUCUCUGCUCCCAGGCAGUUUCAGAAUCAACAGGAGUUCAUGAAAACCAAGACCUGAAUAAUAUCUCUGUGCAGGAGUCCCAUGAGCAAGCUUCAAGCACAGCUGCACCAGAAGAUGCUGUGCAAUCAGGCAGCCUUGCAAACACAGGCCCUUUGAAGGGCUUCCCCGAAAUGGAAGCUAGUACAAAGAAUUCUCCAACUGCAAAACUGAGCAGCCCAGACAACAAAAGUUCAGAGCUCUGUAGAAAAGCUUCUUUCUCGUUAGAGAGAGACACGAAGCAGCUGCCAAGCCCUUUCACACUCCAUACUGCUGAAUGUGCUCAAACUACAGGUCUGUAUCUGGAAGGCUUUUCCUUUCCAAACCCUUACGCCGGGGAGCAGGAGAGUCAGAGCAUGGGGAAAUCCCUUGUGGACUUUGAUGUUGAGCAACGCGAUUUCCAAAGUUACCCUGCAACCAGUGGCAGUCCAGCUAUUUGCUCUCCUGCCCAAGAGCUGAGCAGAAGGAAAUCAAGUGAACAAGACAAGCGAGGGACUAUGAGCCAAAAUAGUGUCUCUGGAGAAAGCAGCAGUGCAGCUGGCGGCAAUGCGCGGGGUUUGGAUUGUCCGGCCACUGCUGUACAAUCAGAGCUCCAAAGCAGGAGUCAGCUGCCAGCUGUAGAGGUUCAGGAGAGCCUGCCCGGUGACCCAGCAGAGAACACGCACUGUCCCAGGAGCGGGGAGAGUGGCUGGCCGCCUCAGGUGGACAGUCUGGGAGCCCAGGCUGGUGUGGAGUCAGGCAAACAGUGCAAACUGGUUAAAAUGAGCUUGUAUGUUCACUGCAUCAAGGGGCUUGUGCUCUCCCUGCUGGCUGAAGAUCACCUCCGAGAGGACCAGAGCUCCAUUGAAGAUGUGUACCACAGCAGUCUGGCUUCUCUAAACGGCCUCGAGGUUCAUCUGAGGGAGACUUUGCCCAAAGACUCUUCGUCCUCAGCCAAGACAACCUACAGAUUCACUCACUACGACUGCGUUCAGAACGUACUCAUGGCCAACCUGCCCCAUACACCUGGCCCUCUGGAUCGGCACUUCCUGAGAGCUGCUACGCUGAUCCACUCCGACUUCAACCAGCUUCCGACUGCUUCAGAAAUGUUAAUUAGGAACGCCUCCACGGCCGUGUAUGCCUGCCGGAAUCCCAUCCAUGAGACCUACUUCCAGCAGCUGGGUGCUCCGCUCCGCAACUCGGGUGUUCCCAACCCUCACGACAGUGCAUUCAGCUUGCCGAGCAAGGCCAAGCAAAAGCUGCUGAAGCAUGGAGUGAAUCUGCUUUGA